GAAAAAGCUGCCAAACCUAUUUCUUCUUAACCCUAAACGAGCCGGGUCAGAUUUCUCUGACAUUGCAUACCUCCUCCGAUUCUCUCCACCGUUCGUCCGGAAUCUUUUUUUCCCGACCGAUUCCAGGUUCCUCUUCUCCGGAACCGAAGCCAGUGUACCGGAAUUUCGUUAGUUUUGGCGAAACCGAUUCUCCGUAACCGGCCACAACCUGCAAACCAGAAAAAGGCUUUAAUGGAUUCCGACUUAGAACCUGUAGCUCUUACACCUCAGAAGCAAGACAAUGCGUGGAAGCACUGUGAAAUCUACAAAUACGGUGACCGGCUACAGAUGAGGUGUCUCUACUGCCGGAAAAUGUUCAAAGGCGGAGGCAUCACCAGGGUUAAGGAACAUCUCGCCGGUAAAAAGGGACAAGGCACAAUCUGUGACCAAGUCCCUGGAGAUGUUAGGCUCUUCUUGCAGCAGUGCAUUGAUGGAACCGUGAGACGACAGAGGAAGAGACGUAAUCCUAGCUCGGAGGAGCCUUUGCCUGUAGCUGAUUUACCUCCUUGUGAAGGGGAGACGAUGGUGGUUCAGGGUGAUGUGAACAACGGGUUUACAUCUCCGGGAAGCUCUGAUGUUGUUGUGCAGAACGAGAACAUGUCGGUUAGCAGAACAAAGCAGAGAACUUACAGGAGUAAAAAGAGUGCUUUCGAAAAUGGUGUUGGUGCGAGCAACAACAGUGAACUGAUUGGUAGAGACAUGGACAAUCUGAUUCCUGUGGCGAUUAGUAGUGUGAAGAACAUUGUUCACCCUUCCUUUAGAGAUAAGGAGAACACUGUUCAUAUGGCGAUCGGGCGGUUUUUGUUUGGUAUUGGAGCUGAUUUCGAUGCAGUGAACUCUGCUAAUUUCCAACCGAUGAUCGAUGCCAUUGCCUCUGGAGGAUUUGGUGUAUCUGCCCCCACACAUGAUGACCUUCGAGGUUGGAUACUGAAGAACUGCGUAGAGGAAAUCACGAAAGAAAUCGAUGCGUGCAAAGCGACGUGGAAGACGAGCUCUGAUACAGGCUGUUCCAUUUUGGUAGAGGAGAUGAGCUCUGAUAAUGGCCUUAAAGUCCUUAACUUUCUGGUUUACUGUCCUGAAAAGGUGGUCUUUCUGAAAUCCGUGGACGCAUCUGAGAUAUUAUCUUCUGCUGAUAAACUGUUUGAGCUACUUAGGGAAGUGGUUGAAGAGGUUGGCAGUGCACAUGUCGUUCAAGUGAUCACAAAAUGCGAUGAUAACUACGUUGCUGCAGGAAAAGAGUUGAUGCAUACAUAUCGUUCACUAUAUUGGGUUCCUUGCGCUGCAGAUUGCGUUGAUAAGAUGCUCGAGGAGUUCGGGAAACUUGGCUGGAUAAGCGAGAUCAUCGAAAAGGCUCGAGCCAUCACAAGAUUUGUUUACAAUCGUAGUGAUGUUUUGAAUCUGAUGAGGAAGUUUACCUCUGGCAAUGAUAUCCUGCAACCAGCAGUUAGCACUUCCGCCACAGAUUUUGCUACGUUGAGCAGAAUGGCCGAGCUCAAAUCCAAGCUGCAGGCGAUGGUUGCUUCGCCAGAGUGGAAUGAAUGUUCAUAUUCGAAAGAACCAAGCGGAUUGGCCAUGACUGCUAUCACUGAUGAAGCCUUUUGGAAGGAACUAGUGUUGGUAAACCAUUUAACGGGUCCUCUUUUGAGGGUUUUGAGAAUAGUUUGCUCUGAAAAGAAGCCUGCAAUGGGGUAUGUCUAUGCAGCACUGUACCGAGCAAAGGAAGCAAUCAAGACACAUCUGGUUAAUAGAGAGGAUUACAUAAUAUACUGGAGGAUUAUAGAUCAAUGGUGGGAGCCUCAACAGCAUGUUCCUACUCACGCUGCUGGUUUCUUUCUUAACCCGAGAUUCUUCUAUAACGCCAGCGAAGAAAUGCGUAGUGAGAUCAUUCCAUCGGUGCUCGAUUGCAUCGAGAAUCUGGUUCCUGACCUCAACAUUCAAGAUAAAAUCAGCAAGGAGUUAAACUCUUACAAGAAUGCUGUAGGAGUCUUUGGUAUGAACUUGGCAGUCAGAGCUCGGGACACAAUGCUUCCUGCUGAGUGGUGGUCUACAUAUGGAGAAAGCUGCUUGAACCUCUCACGUUUUGCGAAACGCAUUCUUAAUCAGACGUGCAGUACAUCAGUUGGCUGCAGGAGAAACCAGAUACCGGUCGAACAAAUAUACCAAUCAAAGAACUCCAUUGAGCAGAAAAGGCUCAGCGAUCUUGUAUUUGUUCAGUACAACAUGCGCCUCAGACAACUGGAUCCUGAAAGUGGGGGUGACACAUCAGACCCGUUAUCACACAAGAGGAUGGAUGUUCUUGAAGAAUGGGUUUCCAGAGACCAAGCUUUUGUAGAAGAAAUUGGAAGCUCGGACUGGAAGUCGCUCGAGUCAGUUAAGAAGACACAAGUAGCACCUAUCAUCGAUGAAACUGAUGACUUGGGCUCAGAUUUCAAUGAUGCUGAGAUAUUCAAGGUAGAAAAAGAAGUGAGAGAUGAAGUUUAUUACACAAACACAUCAGAGAAGCUAUUUACGUGACAUCAAAUGAUUAACUAUGGUUGGUUUAAAGCUUCUUUCACAGCUUUUCUCAACUCUUAGGAAGCUGUUUGUAGUCAUAGCUUGUGAUUUAUAAUUCUUAGACUAUUUCCCUUUUAAAAGACGUUUGUAGUUCUUUCUUCUUCUUACUCCAUCAUCAUUCAGUGUCCUAUUAGGUUUCUCGAGUUUGGGUGUUACUGUCAGUUUAUGUUAGAUUUUAAAUUCGUUUGACAAAUACAGUGUCAGUGUUCUUGCUUAUAAUCUAAAAUGCCUAAUUUCUCUCAUA